AUGGCGGACGAGGGAGGCAAUGACGACUUGAAGGUUUGAGAGUUUUGAAUAUAGUUUCACGGCUUGCCGCAUACCACUAGUCUUCAUUACGCAAUUUAACAUGGCAGGGUAUUCUAUAGCUGUUCCUUACGGGUAUUACUUAACGAACUUCGCUUCCUGUGAGCCUGCCUAUUAUGAACAAGAUCAGUUAACAUCAUCUUCAUUACUUCAUUCCAUUCACGGGUUAAGUUAAACUCAGCAAAUUGGCCUGCUGCCGAUGUAUAGGUCUUCAUAGCUCAAUUGGUUAGAGCACUGCAGCGCUAACGCAGAGGCCAUGGGUUCGGAUUCCGUUGAAGUCCUGAAAUUUUUUUCGGGUUAAUUUGCAAUAGAUCUUUUUAGCUUGUAUGUUUUGUUUUCCCAUUACACACCAUGUGACGAUGGUACCCCAGAGAACUGUUUCUGUCAAAUGUUGUCUUAUUCACAUGCAUCCACGUGCAUAUGUAUACAUAAUUAAUGAAAAGACAAAAGGCAAAUUCCCUGGAGAACAUCACAUGGUCUGAAUUGGGAAAAGAAAAUGUACAAGCUACGACGAUCAUAUCCUCAUUUAAAAUUUGUAUUUCUGCAGUUCAUGUCAUCUUCAUUCUUAACUCAAUAUUGUUGACUUUGUUUAAGCUGAUAGUGGUACUUGGAAUAAGACCUCAAGAGGUUUUUCAAUCUCAUGUCAAAUUCCUGCUUCUUUGUUUCACAAGGGAGAAGGAGGCAACUUUCCGAGAGAAUUUACCAGAGAAUCAGAAGUCCCUUGGGGCUUUUUAUAAGGUCCCUUGAAAUGUAUUCAGUUCCCUUGGAGUUGUUCAUAUCAUUUUCUUCUGCUUUGAGUCAGUUGUUUUUGAGAGAUUAAGUGGAAAAGUGUUGUUUCAAGGGUGCUUUUGUUUCUUCUCUUAGCCAUUUUAUGGUUCUCAGCAAAAUACGACAAAUCUAGUCCCAACCGCCCCUUCCCAAACAAAAGGGGGUGACAAAUUCCACUAGGUUACUCCUCUUAAUUUUCUACUUUAGAAACGAGAAGGAAACUAGGCUGAGUUAACCUUUGCAAAGACUUCUGGGACAGUUACUAGAAACAGGGCAAACAAAUUGACCAAUAGCUGAUCAUCCCCAGUAACCAUCCCAGAAGUCUUUGCAAAAGCUAGCCUCUUGUUUUUAAAGUGGCAAAUGGCCUAGAAGUGGAGGCUUCACCAAACAGGGGCAUAUUUUUUCAGGCUUCAGGUGUAUCAAAGGGUAGGGUUUCACUAGUUUAAGUAUAUGAAAGGGUAGGGAAAUCUGACAUUGUGGGCUAAAAGGCACAUUUUAUGGCUAUGAAAAAGACAAGAAAACUUUCUGGUGAAGUGAUUUAUUUAAGUAUAUGAAAGGGUAGGGAAAUCUGACAUUGUGGGCUAAAAGGCACAUUUUAUGGCUAUGAAAAAGACAAGAAAACUUUCUGGUGAAGUGAUUUAUUUAACAAUUAAUGAAUGAGACUGAAUGUCUUAUGAAGAAUUAUGGAGAUCGAGAAGGGUCGAUCUCCAUAAGCUCGUCCCCAGGUCUUCUCAGUUAAUGGUGCAUUAACCUGCAAAAAUGCUGCUUUUUUGACGUCAUUUCCUCGCUAAACACAAAAUUCUUCCAAAUUUGGUCAUCAGCAACUGGUUAUGGUGAAUUAUGCAUGUACUUUAGCCAAUCAGAAUUGGGGAAAUAUUAUGAAUGAAUAGUAAUCAUAUUUAAGAGACAUUGCCUUUACAGCAGUUAUACAAAAGGGGUCCUUUUUCAGUCAAAAAUGGUAUAUAGAAAGGUAAGGGGUGGAACUCUGGUCCCCCUGGGGGAUACACACUCACCCAAGUGAAAUUGUGCCUGAUCACCUAUUAAAGUCUACUGCAGUUCAGGGUGGCUGACAUAACUUGAACUUGGUUAAUGAAUGAGUAAAUAGGAAAAAGAGUCAAAAUUUUUAAGCAAAUAAGACCAUCCAGACAUUGUUAUCUUAUUACUAAUUUUAAUUUGGAAAACUUUUUGGAUUGCUUAUUUCAUUUGCUUGCAACAAUAAUAUUAGGCUGGUUAUUCCAGUUGACAUAUACUAUGUACUUGUAACAAUAAUAUUUGUAUUAAUUCUUGUAGCUAAAGGAGGUGGCUCGUAAAUUUAACAGCUUACCUGAAAGGCAAGCGAAGGUGAAUUAUUUACUUGCUUCUCAAGAGAAAGCAGAAGCAGCCAAGGUAAAGGUCAACUGAUGGUGGUAGAAAGUGAAGCACUGCAUUUUAAGGGAGUGGUUUAUAACUGUUAUACUACUACAUGAGAAAUUUCUGCAAUUUCAUUUAAUACCUACAUGUGAAAAUUAUAACCCUUGUGCGGGUAGUAGUAUAAAUAAACAAAUAAUAGCAUUAUUUGUACGUGAUAUUUCAAAAUUGUUUCAAAUUUCACAAAUAACCAUUUCAAAAUAUCACUUGUGGUAUUUAUGCCAAGUAUCACUAGAAAUCAUGCUAUUACCUAUACAAAUUAAAAACAAAAUUACUUAAGACUAGAGGUUUGCCAGUAACUUGAACUUGGAGAGAAAUCAAGAAAAGAAAGCUUUGUCCUUGUGAGAGACUGCAUAAAAUACUAACCACACCACAACACAUACUAUGCUUUUUUGUAGAUGUAAGAAUAGUACUAAUAUUUAUUACCAAAAAACAAAUUGUGUUCUGCUGUCAGCAAAUUUAAUGUAAUUUUUUUCUUUGGGCAGGAGGGGGGGUGUAAUAUUAGGAAACAGUUUACAUAUUUUAAAUAUUAUAGUAAUACUCAAUAGGCAUUUAUUAAGUCUUUUUUGCCAGCCUAUAUUCCUUGCUUAAAGUUAUCAAUUUAGGCCUUGCGUUUACAUCAGUGGUUUACUUUAUGUGUUGGCUUUUGCAAGUUAAAAAUUAAUACAUUUCAUAGUUGAGUUACAACAUAAUGUUCCUUGACUGAGUUGGUAGUUUUUGACUUACAUUUGUUUUACUUUGAUACACAGGAAGAAAAGUCCAAGAAAGAAGACACCAUUUACUGCAUCUGUCGUACUGCUGACACCAGUCGAUUUAUGAUGUAAGCUGGUAUUUGUAAUUUACUAUUGGUGGGAAAUAUUACAAUAUCAGUUACAUUGCUAUUCAUACUGGAUAAAUCUUUCCUGAUAUUUUAUUUAUUUAAACAGAACAUCUUAAUCUUACUUACAAUGCCGCUAUGUAUAUAACAUGGUAAUGUAAAGGCUGAUUUAAACAGUACGAUUUUUGCUUACGACUGUCGUGCAGGACUAGCAUACGUCUUGACUUUCGACCAUCCACACUUGCACAAUUUUCACAACGACAUCCACACGUGUGGUAUGGAUGUCAUGGGUCUAACUUACACGACACGAUCUGACAUAAAGUCAGGAUGUAUGCUAGUCUUGCAUGAUAGCUGUAAGCAAAAAUUGUACCGUCUAGAUCAGCCUUAAGGUAACCCUAACCCUAAUUUUAUUGAAUUUAAGGUGAGGUAGCAAACAAGUAUUUUGGCAAGCAAGGUUAACCUCUAGCCAAUACUGCCAAUGAUUUUAUCAAUCCACACAUGUGGCCUGUUGGGUACCCCUCAAGUCCCCUUAAGUUAACAGGGCUUCAUUGUAUUGUGAUAUGACUUGGUAGAUCACUGUCUUUAUGUUUGAAUUUUUGCAGGUUCCUUUAAUUAAUAGGCAGUGAAUUCAAACAGUCUUUGUUGAAUAACAAGUAAAGAGAAAAUCAUUACAAAAUAGUACGCUGAUGAAAAGUGCAUUGUAGAGGCACAAUAUUAAUUUUAAGGGACUGUGUGUAUAAGAGGCCUUCCAAGAGGGAAAAGCAACAGGUGACAUGGCCCCAAAAAUUGGCAACAAUCCUCUCAGAAAGCACCGACAAUAAAGAGAAAAGGAGGACAGCAACAAUCCGUUUUUUAAAUAGUGAAAGUGACAUCUGUUCAAUUUUGCAUUUUGGCUGUUUCAAGAGCCAAAUAACAAACUCUCUUCUAUUAUUCCAAACUUUUUCUGUUGUUUUCUUUGAAACAUUUUCUAAUCAUGGUGUUGUACAAGAUUUAUCCCCGACGGAGAAAGGUUAAUAACAUUAAUAUUAUUCAUUCUUUCCAGAUGCUAUAUUUGCCAUAAAUUACAAAUUGAGUUUCACAAAAGUUGAUGCCAAACCAACAGAGAAAUUUUCAUCUGAGCUAAAAUGCAGCAGUGACAUUUUUUCCUAACCUACCAGGUGACAGGUAGUCUCAGAAUAUGACUGACAAAGUGAUAGCAUGACACCCAUUGGAAGGCCUCAUACUAGUGCAUGAACAAAUGUGUACAUGAUAUUGCAGCUGUUGACUUACAUUAUUUUCUCUCAAUUCUUUCAUUUUAAUCUUGAAUGCAUCAUAAUCUUCAGCACUAAUGAUACCCUUCCACACUUCUCCAUUUUCUUUCAAAUGUUAGUUUAAAAAUGGUAUUAAUUAUUUGUUUUACUUUGUUUUGUACAGCUGUUGUGACAAAUGCAAUGAUUGGUUCCAUGGUGAUUGUAUUGGUAUUACCAAGCUGGAGGCAAAAGAAAUCAAGCAGUUUUACUGCAGGGAGUGCUUAGGUGAGUUACCCACCAUGUUCUGGCAGUAAAUGUAGAAUGAAAAUUUUCCUUACCUUUGUACCACAGUCUUGUAUCAUAUUGUAGAAAGUUACUACUAUUCAAACCAUGGUCUAACUUUGACUGAACUUUGACUGUAAAAUGUAAAUUAUUGGACAAUAGUUCUUUCCAGAUAGUAUUAUACCGGUGACUAAAUCUUCAUCAUUUAAACUUCUUCCUUUCUUGAACUUUACAAUAUUGUGCGUCGUUUUUUUUCUUUUCUUGUACAGAAAGUGAUUCAGAUCUUUGUAUAAAGUACAGAGUAAAGAAACCAAAACCAGAAAAGAAAGAUAAUAUUGUAUUAGAGAAGAAAGAAAAACAGCACCUGGUUAAGGAUGAAGUAAGUUCAUUUUGGUCACAACAUGCAGUCUGUGAUUUGUAAUACAUUAUAGCUGGACAUUGAACUCUAUAGCACAUGUACACUCAGCCCAUUUGUUUUGUUGAGAUAACAUGACAAGAGCCAGUGCAACUGAAUCGGGUUGGACAAAUGAAAGCUUGCUUUCUGCCACUAUCUUUUGUGCUGAUCUUUGAUUAAUCUGACGACGGUAUGGUAAGGUAUGGUAAAGUACAUUUCGUAUUGCAUGGUAUAGGAUGGUAAUUGAGCUUAAAAAAACUUGCUGACUUAAAAUUGACAGUAUCUGCCAUUGAUAAUGUUACUUGCCAUUUAUUGUCAGGUUUUGUUUACUAAUGUCAUGUCAACUGUUGCCAGUCAGUACUGAUUUUGAUUGCAAACACUCAAAUGCUUGGUAACUCAGAACUUGCAUGAUCUUGAGCCAACAUUGAUUUCCCCUAGGUUUUAUAGGCCAUUUUCCAUAUGAUUUUCAGUCCUUUGAUAACUUGAACUCCUUUUAGAAAGUGUAAUGAGUGCUAAUAUCAAAGUUUGAAUGUCACUAAAUGUGCUGUGCUCUACCAAAACAUGUCACUCUGUUUGCACUUCUCUUCACAAAAAGAUUUCACAUCAUUUGAAUAAAUAAUUUUUUACUUCCUAUCCCCCUAAAGCUUGAACCUUAUGUAAUUUCCCUGGAAAUGUUGAGUCUUGAACUAUAAAAACUUAAAUGUGACAUAUACAUGCUGAGCACUGGUGGUCAGGUGAAUUUUCCCUGUUUGUGCAAAUGGCUAUUGUUAUUUAUCAACCCUUUCAAGUGAUAAGUAUUCAAAAAUGUGAGUUUCUCGAAACUCAAAACUUCAUUCUAGCGUCUCGAGACUCGAUUCUCACAUCUUGAAACUUGAUUAGUUCGAGUUUUGAGAUUCGACAAUCGAGUGCGAUUCUCAAGUCGAGACUGUCAACUGACUUUUGAGGGGUACUGUAUGUAGUUAGGCAACCUAAGUUUAAGACUGCUGCUUAGUGUAAGACUGACUUUCACAUUUACGUGUACACAGGUUAGAAGUGUAUGUACCAGGUUCAGUGUUGCAUUAGGUAAUUGAAUAAUGUGCAACAUGAAUAUCCCUGACUUGUGCUUUUGCUACUAAAAUAAUGAGAUAAACUACUGUCACUACAACUACAGGGUGAUCGCAAGAGGUCACGAAGGACAUGUGGAGAAUGUGUAGCAUGUCUUACAACAGAAGACUGUGGCCAAUGUGACUUUUGUAAGGUAUGGACACUUGUAGGGACCAUUCUAUACUUGUAGCUAGUGGAGAAAGAAUUCUUCCAGGCCCAAGGUCCAGAUUAUAGCAGUAUGAGACAAAGCAACUUUAUGAUUGGAAAAGUUAAAGCAAGAAUUGAUUUUCAUACCAUUUGCCACUUUUUCUUACAAUUUUUUAUUUAUUUUUGUCUUGUCUACAAACUUGAGUAAAAAAUUUUCUUGUCAUGUGUCCAUGAAACAGCAGAGGUGAUAGGUUUGAGCAAAGGAUUAUUUAGGUGAGGGAUGUGUGUUUUGCAUGACUUUUUGUGUGUUUGUACAGGACAUGAAGAAGUUUGGUGGACCUAAUAAAAUGAGACAGAAAUGUCGCCUGCGUCAGUGCCUUGUCAAAUCAAGGGUGAGGAUAUUCUUCUACGAUGUAAAAUUUGAUGUUGUUUGAAAUUUAUUCACUGCACCAACACCUAAAGUUUGUAGUGAGGUAUUCGUCUUCAGACACAUAUUUAUUCUGAUAAUUUAUGAGUAGUUUAGAACUUUGUAGUUUGGUUAGAAGAAACAAGUCAUGAUUGCUCAUUAUUUCUAGGUCCUUUUAAGAGGAGGCACAGUGUACCGCGACAUACUUAAGGAAGAAGAGGCAAGAAGGGAAGAUCUUGAUGUUGACAUAGAGGUAAAGUGUUGAUCAUUCAACCAGGAGGAGGCAGCAUGGCUGAGUGUUUAGAGUGCUGGAAUUGCAAUCCAGAGGCUCAAAAUUAAAUCCCGUCCUAGCUGCUAGUUGGAUUUGUUCUUAGUAGUCUGGAUCACCUCCUCACUUACGCUUGUUUAUAUCCAACUGGGUUUGCCUUCAGCUUUUUGGGAUUCUUAGCCUUGUUAUGUUUAUUUUCAAAGUAUGGUUUAUUUGUGGGCCACAAUAAAGCCUACUGGGUUACCAGUAAUUUAAAGUCAAUUUAUUUAUAUCAUUUAUCAGCUUGUAUGCUCUUCUUCUGAUGGGCAGAUGAGUGAUGUGUGGACUUUUUUGUUGUGGUCAUCACAUAUUAUUUUUUGUUACAUGUAAAAACAAAUACUGGAGAACUUGAAGGUUCUGAUCAAUGUGUUUGUCUGCUGUGAAUCAAAUCAAAAGAGAAUCAGAAACAUUUAUAACCCUGUAAAUUUUUUAAACAGAGUGUAACACCAAAGAAGCAGAGAAAAGCAGUGAAGAUGAAGCAUGCUAAAUCUUCUCAGAACAGAAAGGUUUGUUAGCUCUUUCACUGUAACCUGUAUCUGUAUGUUUUUUUUUUAACUGGAAAUAACAUCAUUUGAUGAGUGAAGAAAUCAUUUACUGGAAGAAAUCAUUUACCAAGUUCAAUCAAUCAAUCAAUUGAUUUAUUUAUGUCAUGAUGUGGGAUGGGGUUGCCCAAAAAAAAGAGCGGGAGGCUCAUGUAUAAAACGCAUGACAACAAAAAUGAUUUUAAAAGAUUAAAAAUGUAUGAAAACAAAUAAAAAUCAAUAUAUCCUGGAAUGUUACGUAAUAAAUACUCAAAGCGACACCCUCCUGCAUCCCACUCAUAACACUCACAACAUUCACUCAUCGGCUAUUUUGCUUAGUACAGAACUUAACCUGAAUUUAAUUUUCACCUAUUUAUAUAGUUGAAAAUUAAAUUCAGGUUAAAAUUUUUUAAUCUAGGGUGAUUCUUAAUCUGCUUUGUCUCCUAGCCCUGAUUAUUCAUGAAUAGGGGCAAAGAGACAAAUGAAAUUGAGAAUCACUUUAUAGUAGGUUAAAAAAUUUUAACCUGGACUAAAUUUUGACCUGUAAUGUAUCCAUUUCUUGAAAGGAAAAACAAAGGCAAUCAAAUGAAAGACCACGUAAGAGAAAGAGAAUAAUGUCUAUUGAAGACAAGAUGAGAAUGUCUGCUGAUUAUUCUGAGGAAAGAGAUAAGCUGGAUGAACUUCCAGGCUGUAGACAGUGCUAUGGACCUGGAUGCACUAAGACAGCUCGUGUGGGUUCUAAAUACUGCAGUGACGAGUGCGGUAUUCAGCUAGCUGUCAGGUGCCCAAAUUCUACUGAGUGAAUUUUCACUUUGUUACUUAACAAAGUCUAUAAAUCAUUGACUGUGAUUUCCUCCUUAACUUAGAGGUUAGAGCACCCAACUGGUUCUGUGGGACACUAUCUAUUGAAUCCAAUCAGGGACUAUCGGGUGCAUUAGUCUGUUGUAAUACUCUUCUUAGUUACAAAUAUGAGGCAUUGAAACUUAGACAACCUAUGUUUAUGCGGUUGAACAACUACCCUUUGCCAUUCAUAACUACUGUAGUUAUUACACUUGUCUGGACUCCACAAAUACAUCACCUUGAUUUACAAUAAUUUCCCACCCAAAACUGAGAGCUGUGCCAACAUAACUAGGCAAGGGUUCCCAAUAGGUUUCUCGGGAUCUGUGAUUUAGUUUAUUUGAAGGCCAGCUAGACAAAAAUGGUAAUGAGAUUCAGGAUUGAAAUUAAGAAUGGUACACCCAGGCUUCUAUUUUAGGCUUCCCCACCACCAUCUUUUGCUACAUAUUUCCUGCAGUAUGUACAAGCUCUAAUGUGACAAAAUAAAUAAAUAAAUGAAUAAAUAAGUAAAUAAACGGUAUUCGAAAUUAAGUGAUAUCACAAUGUGGGAUUCAGGAAAUUUUGUAAUGUAAGCUACAUGUAGGAACAUGUAGUAUUGGGUCAAAUUCUGUCAGGUUGUUGAUUGAAGUUGAGUAUCAAUAUUAUAAGAUGACAAAAGUAAUAAUAUGAUCAGUAAAAGUUCAAUGUUUAUCAGAGAUCAUUAGUCAAACAGUUGAAAGAGAGGACAGAGGUUAUAAUGGGUAAAAUACUGAUGAAAGGAAGUCAACUGGCUGCGAGGGACAGGAUAGAUAAUUAGUGCUUGUUAUUUAACAGACGUAUUCAAGAGAUUUUGCCACAGCGCAUGGCAGAGUGGAAAAAAACUCCAAGUGUUGCUGAUCUUAAGGCUGAAGAAACUCUGAAGGAAUUAUCUAAAAAGAAGCAGGUACUGUUAAAUUGAUUUUGUUCAGUAUUCAAACUCUAAAACUAAGUUGCAUAAUUUAAUAUGUAGAUUUAGCCAAGCCUAGGAGAAUAGUUUGGCCUAUACUGACUGUUUAUUUUUUAGCUAUUCAUAUUCUUUCAAUUACGUAAAUUAUUCAAUGUGUUAUCACCCAGCUGGCAGAGGAAAAAGCUAUAAGACACCUGCUAGUACAAUAUCAGGCGCGGAUCUAGGAUAAAUACUGACCGAUUUCCUAAACGAGCGCCGAAGGCGCAAGCUUUUAGCGGGGUCCGGGGGCUGGCUCCCCCAGGUUUAGGGUUAGGGUUAGGGUUAGGAUUUUUACUCCUUAAAGUCCCCUUUCCUGGGUUUCCGAGUCAUUCAGAUGGGAUAUUGGCCAGAUUUCAACUUGGAAAGUGUUUUUAUUUUUAAAAAUAUAUUUAAUAUGAAAAAUGUGACCGAUUUCCGUAAAACGGUGGAAACCGGUGUGGAUCCGCACCUGAAUAUUCUUUUUCUAUUUGUUUUAGGAAGCUCAGGAUAAGUUGUUAGAACUUGACAGGCUGAGAAAUGAACUUGAAGCUUUUGUAGAAAAGACCAAAAAUGCUACUAUUGAAGAAACAGAGGUAAAAGCCAACUUUGUUUCAUUAAUUUUUAUUUAUUUAAUGUAACCGUUCUGUUCUUCCUUUUCACUUUAUAAGUUUAUAACCCUAAGUCCCUAUGUAGAAAAUAAUAUUUACUGGUGAUUUUUACUGUUUAACAAAGGUCCACAAAAAGACUUUGCUGUUGUGUAAAUCAUAAUGAUAUUAAUCAGAAUAUAAAGACAACUGAUUUUUUUUUUUUUUUACAUGGAGACAGGGUGCAAAGAAAGUCGUUUUUACAGCUUACCAUUCGGGCAAGCUGAAGCUACAGUCUCAGACAAAAAUAGUUGGGACACUUUAACCAAACGCUGUUUUUUCCCUUCUCGUGCUCCCCUCGUCCCUCUCAAAGUUGUUUAUCGCGGUUUGGUCACCAAAUCUUGUACACCAACAUUGAGGGGACAAGGAGACCCCAAAGUGUCCCAACCAUUUUGACUGAGACUGUGUUUUUGAGGAAUUUUAGUUAUGUGACUCCUCGUUGGCUCUAGUGGCGGGAAAUCGCUAGGCAGGUAUAUGCACGUUUCGGAGCCAUUUUUUCGGGAAAAACAUUAAAGAUUUCAAGGAUAGAAAGAGAGAAGACAAUUAAUAGAGGAAAGAAGUCUUUGUUUCUUUAAUUACAACAUUCCACGGUAUUAAAAAAGCUUUCUACGUAUUAGGGUUAAAGAGUGAACAACGGAUGAGUCAAAACUGCGCGCAUUAUUUCGCAGGCUGUGUAUCUUGCCGCGAAUAUCUUGUACCGGUGGAGACACGAUUGGACGGGUCACCAUAACGGGUCACCAUACUAUCCAGGGCGUUUUCUAAGAGCUCUCUGGUAUAUAUAAUGGAUUAAGAAAGAAAAGGAUAAGGUACUUUCAUACUUAAUUGAAAUAGCCAAGGUUUAUAUCGCCUUGAUACAUGUAAGACAAGUUAUUAAAACUUUGAUCAUGGUGACACGAUUGUUCGCUGAAAGAAACUUAUAAAUAUCUUAAUUGAAUUAAUGUACGGUGACCCGUGUACACGUCGAGUAGAACGCUUUUUUGGAGGUUUCAAGGAUAGGUAGUGUCCUCGUUUUAUAUGAUUCAUGUUUUGUACCUCAAGUCCCACAUUUAUGGCACAGUAGUUUGUUUUAGAGUUAUUCAGGAAGGUGUAUAUUUGGGAUAAAGAAUGAGAACCGAUGUCACCAUUUGGCGCAAGGCCAAAUUAACAUAUGUUGUAAACAACUUAUAAAAAGUUGUCGAUUUCACAGCAGUAGCCUGGAAUAUCAUUACGAAACUUUUUGGCGUCGGACCAAACAGUUACACUAUUGUUGGACACCCUUUUUACGCGCUUGUAGUCAAUAGUAUCUUUAGAAAUUUAGAAAGCGGGAUACUGUUCUCGCUGAUAGGUCUUGGGAAUAAUCCUGGCUUGUUGCAUUUUCCUCCAAACUGAGGAAAAGUUUCCCCCUUUCUCUCGAAAUCGCUUAAUCGCUCUUUCAGCUGUCUUUCGCCUCUUGCCCUUAAGUUAGAAAUGCGUCCCUUUGAGCCUUGUUCCUACACUCUUUCUUGGCAAAGAGACCUUCUCUAUUAUUCUCCACACAUUUUUUUUGAGAAAUGUGGCACAUUCGAGCGCCUCUCUGUAUAUGAAAACCCUGAAUCUUACGUAGAUAGUAUGCACGUGCUAUAUUGUCAUGCUAUCAAUCGGCCACAGGAAAGCUAUUUGUGUACGGUUUAGUGCACACUCAGUUCCUUUUAUUUUACAAUACUCUACUCUGCCCAAGAAAUUUCUGCGAACUGGUCAUUCUUUGUGUUAUGUUGUUAUGCCCAAAUAACUUAGUUCACUGCUAUAGAAACGUUCGCGAAACACAAUGGAUACCCAACAAACCGAAAGCCCGUCGCUUGUGACCGACCUACAGAUUAACCUCUGUAUCUGUCAACACGCCUUCAAAUUCCUCCCUGACACAGUCUCAGACAAAAAUAGUUGGGACACUUUAACCAAAUGCUGUUUUUUCCCUUCUCGUGCUCCCCUCGUCCCUCUCAAAGUUGUUUAUUGCGGUUUGGUCACCAAAUCUUGUACACCAACAUUGAGGGGACAAGGAGACCCCAAAGUGUCCCAACCAUUUUGACUGAGACUGUAGCAUUUAUUAGCCCAAACAUCAUUUCAGCUAGCCCCCCAAAUUUUUUGAUGACCAGAAUUGAUUUCACAGUUCUUUUGUAAGGUGACUUCCUCGAACUACUUCACUUGCCCGUGGGGAAAGUUAAGGACAUAAUACACUAGGCCAAUAGUGAAAGCCCCGGGCCAUCGGACACUACUUUCUUUGCAUGCUGAUAGAUCAAGCACACUUAAACUAGUAUGGCUUGUUAGUGCCAGUUUGGUUUGUCAAAUUCAAGCCUAUGGUUUAGAAUUUGUCAGUUAGUCAUGCAAAAAUGUCAAGUCAAAUACAGUAAGUAAUACAGUACAGUAAUUUGUAAGCAAACAGCUGUAUAUGUACAUGUACUUAUCGUCACCUUGACAAGCCCCAUUUGCACCCAUGUGUAGACUCCGUAAUACUUAUAUAGAUACAUGUACCAUUCAUUGCUACACCCAUAGCCAGCUGAGGACACUUUAGUCUUUUUUUUCUAAGCUCCAUAAGGAGGCACCACAAGGAAAAAAUCCCCUUCUUUGGUCCCCCUUCAUGUGGUAAACAGUCCACCCUAUUGGACAGUAAAUUGAGCGAUGAUUCAUAUUUUCUGUAGCAGUGUUCUUAUUUCAAGCAGUGCAAGCUCCAAUAAGUAACCUCAUAUCCUAUGUACUGCUAACAGUAAUGGUUGCUUAUGAGAGUCAUUCCUGUUACCGCCCAGCUCUAGUUACAGACACUUUUGCUGAUUGAGGAGGCUGUCUGCUUACGGGAGCUUUUGACAGCGUAAAUAAAACCAAGUACUUUAUCUGUUCCUUCAUUAACAAUAAGUUAACAAUGAACUGCAUUGUGUUAGGCACAGGAUAGUGAAGCAGAUGCUGACACAGAUCUUCAGAUACACUGCAUCACCUGUGGUCUGCCACUGGCCCCUAAAGUGGCCCUUAGACACAUGGAGAAGUGCUUCAUGAAGGUACGUGAAGUAAAAGUUAAGCUGUGUUAGCCUUUGAGGUAGCUCUUUUGGAGGAACUAACCUCCUGUUUCCAUGAGAAAUCUUGCUCGUAUGUGGAAGUUGUAUGUAGCAGUAUAGCUGUUAAAAAAAGAAAAAAUUUCCAAACCAAACGAAAGCACUUGUACCUUUCAAUUCCCACCUCCAGGUAUACAUGCUGAGGGUGUUAUAGUCCAGUGAAAAUCAGGAGUGUUCUGUCAUUCAGUGUAUUAGGAUGUUGUGGAUCAUAAAACAAGAGUACUUUAAAAAAUCUCAAUAGUAUGAAUAGUAAUGUAUAUGUUGUAGUUAAUUUUUUAUCUCAGGUAAUUUAUCUUUUUCUUUUGUUUAAACUUCAUUAGCAUACAUUAACAUACCCAAAAACAAAAGAAAAAUAAAAAUUACCUGAGAUAAAAAAUUAACUACAACAUAUAUAUAAAGUUUUUUUAUGGCUGGCCCCGUGAGCCGGCAAGAAGAGGCCAAUCCUUUGUUCUGGUUGGCUUGGCCAGUGGGCAAUAUAGGUCUGUCUUGCCUGCACGAUAACCCAAUUUGUCGUGCAAGAAAAGAUUUUACCUUGUUCAUAAUAAUAAAUCCUUUUUUAAUCUAGCUUGUUCAGGUCAAGAUGGCUCCAUAUUGGCUAUGUUCUAUCUGACCUUGACCCCAUCUCAGUCCAUAAGAUGACCCUCUUGCUUUCAGCAAGGCACAUAGAAACUUUGUGAAGGUUUAAAACUAUUGGAAAUUUUUUUUUUCCUUUCGUUUCCCUCAGAAUGAAAGUUUGACGACAUUUGGGUCCAUCUACAAAAGUGCUGGGUAGGUUAUGUCAUUGCUGUUGUUUUUCUUUUUUUCAUGAGGAGUUAGUGCACCAACCUAGAUCUACGGUUUUAGUACAGUUAUUCUACACAUGAAAAUAGAUUGUUGGUAAUCCUCAUUCUUGCUGGGAAUGCGCUUGUCAGUUAGGGGUGGAGUGUGUAGGGCUGCUGGUUAAGGAUGGGGUGGGUGGGGUGCAUGCCAACUCUAGAAUUUAGUCGAGUCAUGUAAAAAUGAGGGGAAAAAUAGAGGUGCAGACGAAUCAAAAGAUCCCCUCCCCUUUUUGUUCUUUUACCCUGACUCCCUCUCCCACUGACUGCAAGUUCUACUCAACUCGAUUCUUUGUAGCAGUCACAAACAGAUACACAUACUGUGUGAUAAUCUUCAAUAUUACAAUUAACCCUUAAUUUUUCUCAGGAAUCUCUUCUGUGAUUACUACAACUCACAACAAAAAAUCUACUGUAAAAGACUGCGAGUUCUGUGCCCUGAACACACAAAGGACCCAAAGGUAUAUUCUAGUUAGUUUUACCGCGGUUUACCUUGACAUAGUAAGGUACAGUGGAACUCUUGCAUCCCAAAUAUGAAAAAACAUAAGUGUACUUUCUUGAAUGCUUUUCAUGUUAUGUGCUAGCUGAAAGGGGAGGGAGGGUAAGUUGCUUCUAGUGAUAGAAACUUGUACGACUGUUUAUACAGUAAAACACAAUAUUAUUCAAUAGGCACAAAGUGUUGCUGUUUUGUUCAUCACAUAUUAUCUGUUUGUUUUAACAGAUAUCUCCCACUGAUGUGUGUGGUUGCCCCUUAGUUACCAACGUCUUUGAAGAAACUGGGGAUUUCUGUCGGGCUUCCAAACGAACUUGUUUAAAACAUUACUGCUGGGAAAAACUUCGACGAGCGGAGAUUGAUCUUCAAAGAAUACAACAGGUGAGGUUGUGUGUUUGUGAUAUGGAGGAUUUAAUAGCUCAGUGGGUGGGAGGGGGGGGGGUACUCACCGAAGUUUUAUACGGGAAGUCUCGACCCUGAGGUCCACACCCUUUUAUGAAACAUUUUUGACAGAAAAGUACCCUGGGUGCCAGAGACUUUUCUAGCGCGGUUUCCGGUUUCUGUGCUUCGCCGCUCGUGGCUUCGGCCUUCGGCCAACACCGAAAAUUUCCGCUGCACGCGAGAAAAACCUCUUGUACCCAGAAAAGGUACCUGUAUCGUCAACCUUCUACUGACAGAUAGUACCUCUUUGACAUACACGUACCUGGUUUAGAACAGUACUACAUUCCUUUAUCUUCUUAAAAUGCUCGUUCUUUUGAUACGAAUAAAUCACUAAACUAGAAAAUUUACUUGUCUCUUUUACACCCAUAAAAUGCAUCUGUGAGCCCUUUUUAGUCCUUUUACAGAUCUGUGUGAGGUUCAAGUUUUACGUUUACGCGCGACCUUCCGUUCAAUGUCUCUUUUAUCAUAAAUUGCCUCUAAUUUAUAUAUGCGCGUAAAAUUUACGUGCGUGUCGCGUAAAAAUUACGCAACAAUGGAAAUCCACCCUUAGGAAGCAACAUCAUGAUGUAUAGAGUAAAGAUCUUUUACGGUUCACAGUAAGGAUUACCAUGUAAGUGUCCGGAUUGAUAUGACAAGUAGCCCCGCUGGUUUUACUUGCUUCUAUUAUAUAUUUCAUUUUUGUAGUGGCUCAAACUCGAAGAAGCGUUCGAACAGGAAAGAUCCUUGAGGUACAAUGCAGCUCAGAGAGGUGGUGUGUUAGGACUCCUAUUGCACCAGACGAUAAGCCAUGAGUAGCCUCCAGUCUCUCCUGUCGUUCCUGUUACGUACCGGCGUAUGACCUAUGCUUGUGGAUUACGCCUUCCUCGAGGGGCGAAGCUAGAGGAGAAUCCUGGGGUGCCUGUGACCUCUCCACCUGCGACCUUUAUAAGAUACAUAUCUAGUUUCUUCCCCAAAACGCCAGAAAAUCGAUAAAGCACAGUCCAUGUUAAAAUCUUGAAAUUUGCAGUUUUUGAAUGACGGUAUCUAUGCAGGUAUUUUGUGGACUUAUCCCAUCCCCCUCCCCCAUCACACACACACAAACACGCUCACUGCACAAGCAAAAAAUUUCACUUUUUUCAUCAGUUGUGGAUCGUUGUCCGGUCGACGUGACAAUCUGCCAAGUGUAGGGUGUGACACAGUGUGAAUCCUCCACCCCCCUCCCCACUUAAAUGCUCGCUACGCUCUUGUUCUCUCCUUUUCAGAGAGGAAAGCAUUCCAGUUUUUACGUCCCUUGUAAUAUUUCUGUAAAGUUAAGAAUAAAGUAAUUAUUUUGCCGAUGUCCAUUUUGUUGUUUGUUUUUCGGUAAAAGCUAGUUACAAUUAUAACAUUUGUUUUGGUUUUGUCAACCUUUAAGUCGACCCGCUUUUUAGCCUGCUAUAAAGCAGGUGUAUUUUGCGGCGCGGUUCAUAGUAAUGCUAUCCCGCCAUCUUGGACGUUAAUACUACCAGUAAGUUGGGGCGAGUCAAAAACUGACUUCAAGUGAGAGGUUGAAGAUGGCAGCGGCGAUCAAUGUACCUCUGAGGUUACGUUAAAAAAACGCACUUGUACUUGGUGAGGAGCAGGAGCCCUGGUGAGAAGUUUUUAAUAACUCGUUAAAAGAUGCAGUAAAGGACUAACCCUCCCUACGGGCGGCCGCGGAGGGGUGAAAAGGACGCUGCUGUCUAUAUAUAAAAUUGCUCUUGUUUCAAUUGAUGCGUGCUUUUGAUUUUUUAAAGUUCUAAGUUUCGUUGAAGUGGUUAGAUUUAGAGCCAAUUAUUUGUUUUAGUGGCUCUUAUCACUUGUCACUUGACGUGGGAAGGCCAUUAGAGAUGCGCGGGGUAUGGAAUCUAAUCAAACUAUGUAAAUGAGGUAUGAUAAUCUGUAUAUUAAUGAGAAUUGUUCAAGUGAGAUCUUAUCAGACUCUGAUCGUACGAAAGGCAAGGCUUGUAUAAGAACAGGUAAGAUACUUAAGCAGAACAAUGUGUUGAACGACCAUAUAGAAUUCCUGUUGGACGUUGCUUAGUUAUCAAUCUGUAUGGUUUGAAUAAUGCUUCACGAACAGCCAGCUAGCAACCCUACGCAGACUCUACGCAUAAUUCAUUAAUUGCAAAAGAUUGUUUUAUUGACUCAAACGCGGAUUUGUCAUUCUAGUUCCCAGAUUUCUGUAGUGUCAUUUACGCCACUUGUUUAAGUGGAAAGCUUCUCUCGUGAUCUCUCAUAAUAUAUUUUAGUUGGCUAACCUAACCUUUUUUAUCUGCGCCUUGUUCGUCUUUCAUGGCCACGCAGCCGUUGCGUGACAAAAGAAGAUUCUCAGACUCCAGUCAAUACCGUGCAUAUUACGAAGGAGAUGGGUAGCCUGCGGGGUUAGUAUAUGGCGAUAGGGGGGAACACUCCCCUCUUUCCCCUUCGUGUGCGCGCGUCCUCGAAAAUCAUCUCUUCGCCCUAACAAAAUCACCGCCUACCACACAGGCUUGGCGAGGGACGGAGCGUAUGGUGCCUUAACGCUUCGUUGGGCCCUCUCCUACUCGUCCUCUUUCGCUCCGGGGAUGGAGUAGGAGAGGGCCCUGGAAGCGAGGUUGAGUCUAUGUGUGUACGUGAAAUGAAAACAGCCAGUGUAGCUCACAGUGGGGCAAGGAAAAAGGGAAGAUUGGGGAGAGAAAUCGAAGAUAAGGGAAGUGAGUGCCGGAUCGUCCGGGUUGGUGUAUUCCUGAAUAGGAAUGUCGAUAACAGUAACUGGCGUUUCAACAUGUCCGGUAGUGAUGUGAAGUCAGUCACUGCUGGGUUAAACCCAGCGCCUGGGACGAUCCGCCACGCCGCGGCUUACUUAUGACACGACUCCUUUUUCCAAACCAUUCACUGUGUCAUGUCACGCCUUAAUGUUGUGAACCAUUAUUGACUUUAUUGGACGUUUUUGAAUUUUCCAGUUCCAAUGAGCAGUCAAAAGUUUCCAAUUUUUCAAGAACGUGAAGGCGAAUGGACGUCACCAAGCACAUUCUUAAUUCAAGGAGUUCCGAUUCACCAAUUUUUCACCCCAGAUCCAGCAGUCCUGUACAGUUACAUAGUAAAUUUUGAGACGAGAACAGAAGAUGUUUUUGUUGUAAGUUAUCCUAAGUCAGGUAUGUAAAAUUAUUCUUUUAGAAAAGAGACAAGCCCCCUUUCAUUCUCUAAGGGAAAAGCCGUUGGGGCCGACGAGGUUUUUCAAGGAAGUCGGGAAGAAGAGUGGGAAGUGGGGGGAGGUGGGGGGCUACUCCAUUAAAUGUAGGAGGGGUGUGGCAAGGGUUAGACCAAGGAAGGUUUUCAAAAUCAAAAAUUGACCCCCUUUGUAUUGCCCGUGUCAUGGCGUUUUCACCGGCCAGUUUAUUUUUAGAACGAUUUAAUAAUGAUAAUAAUAAUAAUACAUAAUACAUAAUACAUAAUAAUAGUAAUGGAUUUAUUCAACAUUUCCACCAGGUGGCUCUUCAUCUGCUCAAAAAAAAUAACAUUUGUAAUGUAAAAAUGUAAGAGCGGUAAGAUAAGUAAGCAUUUAAAAUAUGUACAAAUAAAAGACCUAUUUACAAUAAAAAGAAAUUUCAUUAAACUAAAAGGUUAAAUACUUAAAAAUCAUCUUAGAGAACUCGCUAAAGUCACUACAGUUCCUUAUAUAUUGAGAUAAAAUGUUACAGCUUUUAUUAGCUUGAUGUUGAUAGAUGUAUGAUACUAGUGGGAUUUCAAGCUGCGUGGCUGCACUAGACCUAAGAGUUCGAUUGUGCUUAAGUUACUUCAGUCGCAAGUAACCUGGCUUUUCGUGAGAAAAAAUCGCCAUUGGGAACUGACUUCAGCAGCGGCCAUUCAAUAUGUUCUCUAACAGGUAACCAGUUAAGCUCUAUGAUAUCCUCUCUUUCAACCAGUUUGCCUACAAUAAAGCACGUACGUGCUGUUUGCAUUCUUUGGAGGCGUUUAACAAUGUGAUGUGGUAAAUUAUGAUAGAUAAGACAAUUAUAAUACAACUUGGAGAGUACUAGGGCGAGAAAAUUCCUCGAUUUCUUUAGGAUUGCAAGAGUGCGAUAGCAAAAUGCUGAGACUUGCUUAACAUUUUCUUCCCCUUCAAGAUGGUGGUCAAUCAGGGGUCCCUAAAAGUUUUUGACGCAUAGUUAAAAUAUCUUUUAAGUCAUCGCUUCGUGAAAACGCCGGUUCAUCCGUGACACAAGCUUGCAAAAGUUCGGUUUUUUAUCAAGCUUACUUAAUACUUGGGGUCAAUACCCGAAGUGGUUAUAAGAAGAUUUAAGCGUAAGACGGACUGUCUUAGCUCUGGUGAACCCUAGCUAUGGAAACGUCAACUUUUGAUUAUUUUCACGGUGGCAAGUUAACGUUAACUACUCACUUGAUAAAACCAUAUGCCCCUGGCCGCCACCAACGCAGUACCACAGGUUCUUUUGAAACCUAUCCCUUGAUUUUAGCAGUACACAGUUAGAUGGGAUUAGUUAGAUAGCUAGUUGCCAUCUUUUCUGUUGUUGUUGUUCAGUUCCUUCGACAUGGCUUAUCUUUCCUUUUAAGGAACAACCUGGUUGCAGGAAAUAUUGUGGCAACUUUUUAAUAACGGUGAAAAGAGUUCAAGAAAGAUUUUCGAAAGAGUUCCAUUUUUAGAACGUGGGACUAGCCCGGAUCGACCAGACAUCCGGGCUCUCCCCAGUCCACGCCUUCUUCAUAGCCAUCUAACAUACGACGUCAUACCUAAAGGAAAUCAGAAUUCUACAAUCUGCAAGUAUAUUUACAUUGCACGAAAUCCAAAGGAUGUUGCAGUAUCGUUUUAUGAAUUUAUGAAAGACCAUGGUUCAGAGGCAGGAUAUAAUGGUCCCUGGGAGUUCUUUGCAAAGCUGUUUAUGGAAGGAAAAGGUGAGGUUUAAAUACCAGCCUGUGCAUGCUCGAAGUAAACCCCCUCCUUAUAUUGUGAUGUUACUGUUUCAUGUGUAAAAAUCUAUAGAAACUGAUAGGCAAGAAAAAAGGCAAUAUGCACCAGCAACGAGUGUGUAAUUUUCUCUUGUUUGUUCUUUAGCAGAAUUUUGCAAGGAUAUUGCUAUCCUUCAUCUGUAUAACACUGCCCAUUAUAGUGUAAUUUCUCUUUCUUCAGCGCAGCUUGCAGUGAAUUGUUCAUCAUAGUUUCCACCUUGUUGUCAUUACUGUUGUUUAAUCACCAAGGUGAAAAAAGGAACUCAGAGAAACUGUUUUGUGUGUGUGUGUAGUGUCCUAUGGUCGGUGGAAUGAUCACGUGAUUGGCUGGUGGAAACAUGCAGAUGAUCCCAAUGUUUUAUUUCUGAGAUUUGAAGACUUAAAGAAGGUGAGAAGUGUUUGUAGAUGAUUCUUUCCUAUUUCAGCUCAGUUUAGUUUCUUUACGGGUAGAGAAUUAGUACGCGCUACCAUAUAAUUAGUGACAAGUUUACAUUGUAGAUUAGAUAUAUAUUCUGUAAACCCCUUUUGUUAUCCUAUCUUAAGAAGUUCGUUUGUUGGUUUUUGCACAAAAUAAUGCAACGUGCAGUAUCCCUUUGAUAUACGUAAAAACUCAACAGAGAUAAAGAUGGAGAUGCUACGCCUAAACUUGUAACCUAUCUAUAAAAAUUUAAGUCAGCUGCAUUACUUAAGUCAAACUUUAAUUUUGCUUUUGGAAGCAGCUCACCACAGUGAGAUCGGGAUGGUUAUUGACUGAUCAAUUGUUGAAUUUUUGACCUUCAGGACUUGUCACGCCAAGUUCGGAUAAUUGCCGAGUUUCUUGAAAAACCAGUAACAGAGGACCUCAUAAAUAAAGUAGCUGAGCAGUGUACCUUUAAAGGAAUGAUGAUGAAUGCCUCAAACUACUGGUUAGGUGACAGUGCUGAAGGACCUAAACUGUUACGUAAAGGACAGAUUGGCGACUGGAAAAAUUACUUUACCUCAGAUCUGAACGAAAAGUUUGAAAACGAGGUUAUGAACAAGAUUAAAGGAACUGGGCUAGUAUUUAAUUUUGGAGUUGACUUUCAAAAUUCUGGCGACUGUGCGAAAUAG